UUAACAUGAGAUAGUCGGCACAAUCUCAUAAUCUCAAAGUUAAUACACAACCUUCAAUCACAAAUCCAUCACAUAUCAUAAUAUUCCCCCUCUAAUUGGAUCAUAACCAUACUUCAUAUAUAAACCACAUCACCACAACACACACAUCCCAAAACCACAAAGCACAAAAUAAGUGCUUCCCUCUUCUUCUCUUCUCCAAAGAAGCAGAAGAAGAACCAAAAAACAAACAUAACACACCACACAAUGGCAAAAGAAAGAGAAAAAAAGCUCUUCACAACCUUGUUUGGAAGCUACGCAGCUGAACUUAAACUUCUAAUUACAACCCUUCUACUUCUUUGCACCGUUGCUACUUUUCUUCAAUUUAUUCCUUCUCGUUUCACUAUUUCAGCUUCUGAUCUUCGCUUUUGCAUCUCUAGAGUCUCCACAAGCCAAACACUCCUUAACACAACCACAAACACAAACACAAACACAAACAACUUAACAGUAACGGAGAAACUUAGCACCGUUACUUCAACACCUCCACCAAAUCUUCCUCCACCGCCACCAUCUCCACCGUUAGUUCAAACUGAACAUGUAACAGAAAACGGAAUUAUCAAACGCGCUUUUAACCCUUACGGUUCAGCAGCUUAUAACUUCAUAACCAUGGGUGCUUAUCGUGGUGGUUUAAACACUUUUGCCAUUAUUGGCAUAGCUUCUAAACCACUUCAUCUUUAUAGUAAACCGACUUACGAGUGUGAAUGGAUCUCUGAUACCGACGCUGACACCAACGUCGGUGUCAGAGACCCAGUCACAACAGUAGGUUACAAGAUCCUCCCUGACUGGGGCUACGGCCGUGUUUACACGGUCGUAAUCGUUAACUGUACUUUCCCAAAACCCUUAAACACUGAUAACUCCGGUGGGAAGCUGAUUCUCAAUGCCGCCACUUCAGGUGGUGGCGACACCAGCUUAAACAUAACCGAUAGAAUCGAAGCUCUCACAGAACCGAAAAACAGUGUAGAUUUCAACAUUUUCACUUCAAAACCAAAGUAUGAUUAUUUCUACUGCGGUUCAUCCUUAUAUGGAAACUUGAAUCCACAGCGUGUUCGUGAAUGGAUCGCAUACCAUGUGAAAUUCUUUGGACCAAGUUCACAUUUUGUGAUACAUGAUGCUGGUGGUGUUCAUGAAGAGGUUUAUGAAGUUUUGAAACCAUGGAUUGAACUUGGGUAUGUUACAUUGCAAGAUAUAAGGGAUCAAGAAAGGUUUGAUGGGUAUUAUCAUAAUCAGUUUAUGGUUGUGAAUGAUUGUUUGCAUAGGUAUAAGUUUAUGGCUAAGUGGAUGUUCUUUUUUGAUGUGGAUGAGUAUAUCUAUGUUCCUCCUAAAAGUACUAUCAAAUCUGUGCUUGAUUCUUUAUCCGAGUACAAUCAGUUUACCAUUGAACAGAUGCCUAUGAAUGCUAAGCUUUGUCACUCUGCUGAUUAUGGAAAAACUUAUAGGAAAUGGGGAAUUGAGAAGUUGGUGUACAAAGAUGUAAAGAAAGGGAUUAGAAGAGACAGAAAAUAUGCAGUGCAACCACGUAGCUUAUUUGCAACUGGUGUUCACAUGUCACAAAAUUUAGAUGGAAAAACAACUCACAAAACUGAAGGAAGGAUAAAAUAUUUUCACUAUCAUGGAACCAUAGCUCAAAGAAGAGAAUCAUGUAAAAUGUUUCUAAAUUCAACAGCAACCACAUAUGACAAAACACCUUAUGAGUUGGAUACAACUUUGAGAGACCUUGCUGGUGUGAUCAAGAAAUUUGAGCAAAAGAUGAUUGGAAACAAAGUACAGAAGACACGGCUAUGACAGCUUCAAAUAUUUUAUUCUUUUUUCAUCAAACCAUAUAGAUAUUAUAAUGUCUUAACUUUUGUGGUAGCAUAGAAAUUUAUUGAGCGGUUCUUAUUUUAUUUUUUAUUUCGUAUAUUUACAGAUGGGAGUAUAUGUCUAUAUGAUCAUGUUUCUUUUUUAAUGUUUCUUUUGCGUUUUAUAUUUUUUAAUUCUAUUUUAUUUGUUUGUAAAAAGAUAAUGAAUAAAGAUGAAUGGUCCCAAUAAUGUUGUCGGUGUGGGGCAUUUGAGAA